UUAUAUCAAAAUACGUAGUCAAUAUACACAGAGUUUUACAAUGGCAUCUAUAUUACAUCCUCUAACUUGUGGGUUUGCGAAAAUAGCCGCCUAUAAUGCUUUCAUGAUAAAGAUAGACAGGGAAUCCGACGAAGGUACACAAAUAUAUACUUCAAGAAAGUAUAAGUAUCAGUAUAAUCAGUUUCAAAACCAGUUUCAAAUUGGAGAUAAUAAUAACUUUGUACUGUCAUAUAGUUUAUUUGUUUCAAAAUACAAGCAAAUCAUAAAAAACAUUCGCCUUUUGGGAAAAACUUAUCCAUCAAUAAAAACAGGGGUCAUGCAAGAAUUUUCGUUGGAAAGAUGGCGUUGUUUAACUGUAAAACAAAAAACAGAUCAUAGAAUAAAAGAUUAUCUUGGAUGUCAAAAUGAUAUUAAGUUUAAGUAUUAUUUAUCUCAACUCCCGAAUCGCUGCAAAUCAUAUCAAUCUAUUGCAGCCAAAAAAGGUCUUCUAAAACAUAAAGAGCUUAUGUUAAAUGACAUUACAAACACAAUUAUAACACAGUUGGAUAAAGACUAUCAGAACACAUUUCAAACUACAUUUACAAAAACUCAUUCAAAAAUACUAAAAAUAAAAAACAAGUCCACAGAAGAAAUGUACAAGCAAAGAAAGCAUAUAAUUAAAAACACUGUGCUAGAUAUUGAAAAUCAAUGGAAAGAAACAUCAGUUAUAAGAACAUAUGGCAAAAACAUUUCACUUAGGACAAGAAAUAACCAUCGUCUUAUUACAAGUAUGGAAACAUUUAAACAAGCAGAGCAGCGAUCUUGUGAAUUUAAAGAAAAAGUAGAUACAGGUGUAAAAAAACCUAAAAAACAUAUUGGAUCAUCACAUGCGUAUAAAGACCAACUGAAUUCAUGUCUUGAGGAGGUAAAGGUUUAUAAAGCUGGGGAAAAAAUUAACUACUCUGAUCUUGCAAGAAAAUAUAAUAUCAUUGAUAAUGAAAGUAAAAUGCCAAAAAAUGGUGGGCAGAUUGUUAAAGAAUUUCUAAAGGAGAAAGAUGUCAAUCUAACAAGUUUAUCUGAGCUGAAAAGAAGAAGUGAAGAAAAAAGUCCGGUUAUAAUUCUAAGAAAAAAAAGAAGGCUAACAGAUUUGAAUGUUUCCUUUCCCCAAGAAGAAACAAAUGCUCAGGUUGCAGCAAAACUGAAUUUGCUUGUAUCAGAAAAUAAAUAUUCAUUAGGAGAGCUUAUUGCUCCACAAACUUUCUCCAAACUUUUUGUAAGAAACAAUGAAAUAGAAAAUGAAACUUUUUCUAUAGAUGGCAGAGAACAUCCACUAAAAGUAAUUAGAGAUAGCAUAACAAAAAAUCAUUGGAUUUAUAUGAGGGUUAAAACUGAUGAAGAGUAUGAAAAAAUGUCGCGUAAAUCAAUUAUUAACUAUCUAAAAAGGAUUAAUGAAAUGCAAGAAGUUGACCAAGACGAAAAAACCAAUAACUUAAAAAUUAGAUUAAAAAAAUUUGAACGAAAAAGACAUUUUAUGUUGUGGCAUGAUACUUCAACUAUAAGCAACCAUAGUCACGUCUUAAUGACAAUUUCAACUUUAUUUGAUCCUGAAAUUCAUUAUACAUCUGAAGAAUAUCAACAAAAGUAUAACAAAACCAUAAACAUUCAAGCGGUUGUUGAAGCUCCUAUAUGGUAUAUCUUUGGGAGAUGUUCAGCUACUGAUGAAAUGCUUGUUUAUUCAGAACAAAGAUUGAAUGAUAUUAUUCAGAUGAAAGACCCUAUUAAGAAUAGUGAAAUUUAA